CAGAAAGGGUUCGCCGUUCGGCGAGGAAAAAAAACAACAAAACAGGCAAAAGGAUUGCGUUUUGUACUGAGCAGGUUGUUCGUUAUGAGAAGGCACCCCCUGUACAUGCUGGUCAUAGCAUUAUUCUUCUCAUCAGCUGGACAGACGAAGGAAUUAUGUGUGUCCAAUCAAACGAUCAGUUUUGUGAACCAUAUUCUCCACAUCAAUGGUAACGGUUCUAAAAUCUCCAGGCAGAAGUUUCAAGACACAUUUCAGGAUUUCACAGGACAGGAGGAUUUUUAUGACAUUUGUCAGAAUUCUUCAGACAAGUUAUGUGCAGUAGAAAAGUGUCUGUCAUUGGAUGACAUCCUACGUCUCCAUGGAUACAAGGUUGGGACUGAUAUCUCUCACCAGGGAUUGGUUGAAAUUUCACCAGCACUCUUACACAAUCACCGGGCAUGUCAGCAAAAAGGGGGAAAUCACCACAAGAGUUUAGAGGGCAAAGGUCACAAAAAACCCUCAGCAACAGCAGCAUGGGGGUUUGGCUUUCUCUUUGUGACCAUUAUCAACAUUUGCUCUCUGGCUGGGGCAGUUGUGCUGCCAUUCAUGAAGAGGAAGUUUUAUGUGAAGAUUCUGAUUUUUAUGGUAGCGUUGGCCGUGGGUAGUCUGGCUGGUAGUGGAAUGUUGGUCCUCAUCCCUGAGGCAUUUGGAUUCCUACAGAAUCCUGAUGGUAACCAUGACUACCUCUGGAAGGCAGUCACUGUUGCAGGAGGGGUGUACCUGUUCUUCCUGAUUGAACGUGUUCUAAAAAUACUCUUAGAUUUCAAAAAGAAAAAUAAUGAAAACUCCAAAGAAGAGUCUUACUCUGUUACCAACAGAGGAAGCGUGGUAGCCAAGACUCCAACUACGGAACGACAGAAGUGUAGUGACACAUCAACACUGCACCCUGAGUCCUUAAAACACACCCCAGAAUCUCAACAGGCAUUAAAAGCCAGCUUUUACCAGGGCAGUCAGGACACAUUAUGUACAUUGUCUAGAGAAGAGAAUUUUAAAAAGGUGGAGAAUGGUAGUUCCUCAAGUUCAAGUGAAGAUGACCCGGUAGUAAAUCCGCAGCAGAAGUCCGAGGUGAGAACGAUCGCUUGGAUGAUCAUCUUUGGAGAUGCACUUCACAACUUCCUGGAUGGUCUGUCGAUUGGUGCAGCUUUCACUGAUAGUAUCUUUGCUGGGAUGAGUAUAUCACUGGCUGUUAUAUGUGAAGAAUUGCCACAUGAACUAGGUGACUUUGCUAUCCUGUUGAAUUCUGGGAUGUCUGUGAAGAAGGCGUUGAUGUACAACUUUCUGUCUGCCUGUACGUGUUACCUCGGACUGGUUCUGGGUACGAUCCUUGGUGCUAACACCACCGCCCACACCUGGAUCUUUGCCAUUGCUGGUGGAAUGUUCCUGUACAUAUCAUUGGUAGACAUGAUGCCAGAGAUGAACAGCGCAGCAGAGAAUGAGGACUAUAAAAAGAUGUUUGGAACACGAUGGAUAUUUAUUGUUCAGAACGUUGGAAUGCUGUUUGGGUUUGGGGUUAUUUUUAUCAUGGCUCGAUUUGGUGGAGACAUUGAAAUACAAGGAUGAGUUGUCAAACGAAUAAUUCAGGUUAAGGUUGCACAUCCCUUUGAUGAGUUACUUCCCUUGUUAUGAUAGGUAACUCUUUAUGUAAAAAUGAUUUUAUCAGUAUGCAUACUCCCUGCAGGGCAGGAUACAUGUAAUGUUUUCAAAGCCCUCCAUGUAUUUGCUAAAGGUGAAAGCAAUUCUACAUCAACCUCCAUUUAUGUUGAAAUACCCAAUUGUAUUUAUCAAUACUUAUGUCAGAAUUUAAACUUGAUAGCCAUGCAAACAAUCAGUAUUUUUAUAUAUUGUCUUAGAAUUAUGAAUACC